AUGUAUAUAUUUAAAUUAAUGGGACAAAACUUAACAGCAUCACAAUCAUUCCCAUAUAAUAUAGGACCGAUUGUGACAGGAUAUGUUGGGAAAUCAAUUUGGACAUUACAUUCAGGUACAAAGAAAGAAGAUGGAAGUGCAGUAUCAAUAUUUAGUUUCGAUAUUAAAAAGAACCCAUCAAAAUUAGAAGUUGCAAAGAAUGGUUUCAAACGUGCAAAAACUACUCGUCAUCCAAAUGUUUUAAAGUAUUUAGAUGGUUUAGAAACUGAAACUAAUAUUUACAUUGUUACAGAACCUAUUCAACUAUUAGAUGAACUUUUAGAAGAUAUUAGAAAUUUUGAAAAUGCAAUUUCAUGGGGUUUAUAUCAAGAAGGAUUAUCAUUUUUAAAUAAUAAAUGUAAUUUAACACAUGGUAAUAUUCAAAGUAGUAGUAUAUUUGUUAAUAAAGGUGGUGAUUGGCAAAUUGGUGGAUUGGAUUUCGUAUCGGAUGUAAAGGAUAUAAAUAAUAGUAUAUUAAGGAAUCAUAAUGAUUUAAUACCAAAUAAAUAUAAAUCACCAGAGAUAAUGAAAUCACAAUGGCAACAAAUUCAACAAUCACCAUCGUAUAGUAUCGAUUCUUGGAUGUUAGGUUGUUUAAUGUAUGAAUGUUAUAAUGGUACAAUGACAAAGGCAGAAGAUAUAAAGAAUUUAGAUCAAAUACCAAAACAAUUACAUCAAGCCUAUCAAAAAUCAUUUGCUGUUAAAACUGAAUCAAGAUUAAAUCCUCAAAAGUUUUUAGAAUCACCAUAUUUUCAAAAUGUUUUUGUUGAAACUUUAGUUUUCCUUGAAAAUAUAACAUUAAAAGAUACUUUUGAAAAAGAACAAUUUUUUAAAAAAUUAGAUCAACAUAUUGAAAAAAUACCAAUUAAUAUUUGUAAAUUUAAAAUUUUACCACAUUUAGUUACAGCAUUUGAUUUGGGACCAGUCAAUCCAAGAUUAUUAAGUACUUUGUUAAAGAUUGGAUCAAAUUUAUCAACAGAGGAGUAUAAUAGUAGAAUUGUACCAAGUGUUGUUAAAUGGUUUGCAUGUGAUGAUAGAGCAUUGCGUAUUAAUCUAUUGGAGAAUUUAGAACAUUAUAUCCAACAUUUGAAUGAGGCCACUAUUAAUGAUCAAAUAUUUCCACAUGUUGUCAAUGGUUUCAAUGAUAAUCCAACUUUGAAAGAGUUAACCAUUAAAUCAAUGUUACUAUUUGCACCAAAGUUACAAGAGAAAACAAUGAUCAUUCUUUUGAAAUAUUUCGCUGCACUUCAAAAAGAUCAACAAGCUGGUGUCAGAUGUAACACUACCAUUUGUUUGGGUAGAAUAACCGAAUACAUGAAUGAGGCAACAAAGAAACGAGUUUUAAUACCCGCCUUUUCAACUGCCUUGAAGGAUCCUUUCGUUCCUUCUCAAAAUGCUGCUAUUCAAGCUUUCAUGUUUACAAUAUCAAACUAUAGUUUAGAGGAAUUAGCAACUCGUGUCAUACCAGAGGUUUCAAGAAUGCUAAUCUCACCUGAAAAAUCAAUUAGAACUUCUGCUUUCACCGCUAUAAAUAUGUUUUUACAAAAAAUUGAAAAGAAUGUUGAUUCAAUUUUACCAUCAUCACCACAACAACAACAACAAAAUGGUUCAACUUUAAAUACAAAUCCAAAUGAUCCAAAUCAAAAUUCACAAGACUCAAUGUUAGGUUGGGCUGUUGGAAUUACUAAAAAACUUUAUAGUGGUGAAAAUUCUCCAAUUACUGCAACAAAUAAUAAUAAUAAUACUAAUACUCCACCAAUUAACCAAAAUAAUAAUAAUGGUUAUAAAUCUCCACCAAUUAAUCAAAAUAAUAAUCAAAAUAAUAAUCAAAAUAAUAAUCAAAAUAAUAAUCAAAAUAAUAAUCAAAAUAAUAAAUCAUUACAAAAUAAACAACCAACUAAAGUUAUACAUGAUGGUUGGGGUGAUAAUGAUUAUCAAGAACCACCAAAGAAACAAACAACUACUAAUACACCAUCAAAAUCUUCAAAAUAUAAGGUUGAAGACAAUGAUGAUGAUGAUGAUGACGAUGAAGACUAUCAAGAAGAAGAUUAUAGUAAAUAUAAAGAAGAUUUACCAAGACUCACUCCAAAACCAUCUUCAACAUCAUCAUCUUCUUCUUCAACAUCAAAUAAAUUAGAUAACAAACCAAUGUCUUUAGUAUCUAAAAAUAAACCAAAAUACUCUUUUGAUGAAGAAGAUACUUCUUCUUCUUCAAGUAAUAUAGUGAAUAAAAAUAAUAACAAUAAAAAUAAUAAUUCAGAUGGUUGGGGUGACGAUGAUGGUUGGGGUAAUGAUGAAAUUCAAGUUCCUUCUACAACCACUUCAAAUAUUAAAAAAACUGUUGAAAAGAAAACAAUUGUAACUGCUUCCAAAUCUGAUGGUUGGGAUGAUGGUUGGGAUUAA